UGGAGCAUAUUGCAUGUCUGUUACUCGCACCAACAAGGUGUUGAUGUACUCUACAUGAUAUGGGUUCUAGGAAUCAAAUCAUAAUCAUUAUGCCGUAACCUAUCCGACGGGAUAUUGUAUAUCUUAUGCCCCCUCCCCCACGGCAGACAUGGCGAAGGAGCGAAACAUCCUCCUGCAGAAGGCGUACCCCGAGCUGCGGGAGUUCUGUCAGAAGCAGGGGCUGGACUUCCAGGUCAUGGACAUGCGCUGGGGCGUCCGGGACGAGGUGGUGGCUGAUCACAUGACCUGCGCCCUGUGUCUGAUGGAGAUUGACACCUGCAAGAGACUGUCGGUCGGGCCCAACUUCGUGGCAUUCCUUGGCAACAGGUACGGCUACCGUCCCAUUCCCGCAAAGAUAGAGGCAGAAGAGCUCGACAUCCUCAUAAAGAAGGCCGGUGAACUAGAUAUGGACACCACUGUUAUCAAGGAAUGGUACCUCAAGGACGACAACGCUGUCCCUGCUGUCUGUUUACUUCAGCCAAUCACCAGCAAGUUUAAAUACUACACAGACAUGGAGCCAACCAAUGAGAGUCUCCGACAGAAAGACAGGGAGGGAUGGCAUCAGGUGACAGCUCAGUUGGAAAAUAUUCUCCGCACAGCUGUGAAGGCAGCUCACAAGGAAGGACUCGUCACUGAGGAGCAGCAACACAAGUACAUCAAAUCAGUAACAGAAACUGAAAUUAAGAGAGGUAUAAUGGAGUCACCUGACGCCAACCAGACAGCUGCCAUCUUCAUACGGAACCUGCAAAACAUCGAGAAGCACGUUGGUGCAGAUGCAGUCAGCGCCUACCUGGACCUGAUGGACAGAGAGAAGCUGAAUGAAGAAUCACAGAGACUGUUGGAAGACCUAAAGGGGAAACUGCCGUCCAAACUGAAGAAUGUUCACCAGUACGAAGUGGAGUGGACCGACAAGGGGGUUAACGAAGACGUAGAAAGUCACGCUUCAUACCUGGAACAGUUUAGCGAUGACUUUGUCGAUGAUCUGAAAACGAUGAUUCUCAAGAGUUUACAGAGCGAGAGUGAACAGGAACAGAAUGACGAUUGGUUUCUGACUGAAGUGAUCUCACACUCACGUUUCUGCCAGGCUAAGUGUGAAAGUUUCUGUGGAAGACAGGAGAUCUUUGACGCCGUGUACUCGUACAUGAAGGACACGGCCAAGGUCAACCAUCAACCCUUUGUGAUCCACGGAGCCUCUGGUAGCGGGAAGUCGUCCAUCAUGGCCAUGCUGGCACAGAAUGCAGCACAGACGUUUGGAGAAAACCUGGUGACCAUCAUCCGUUUUCUGGGCACGUCACCACAUAGCACCCUUAUCCACCCUGUUCUACAGAGCCUCUGUCUACAGAUAUGUGAGGUCUACGGCAUCGAGUCACCUGCAGAAAGAGUUCUCAACAACUUUGCCGAAAUCGUCCAAUACCUGUCUACACUUCUGGACAAGGUGUCAGAGAAGGACCGGCCACUUCUCAUCCUCCUGGACUCCUUGGACCAGUUGUCGUCUGUGGACCGAGCCUACAGCCUGACCUGGCUGCCCAAGUCCCUCCCACCGAACGUCCACAUCGUGGUCUCCACCCUGCCUGAGGAGUUUGAUCUGCUGAAGACUCUGAAACGCACGAUACGCAGCGACAACAGCUACAUCCAGGUGCCCACACUGUCAGAACAGGUGGGAAGUGAGAUUCUGGACACGUGGCUCGCUCGGAUCCAGCGAUGUCUCACAGACAAACAGAGGGAAGUCAUCUUGUCAGCGUUCUCACAUUGUCGGCAGCCGUUGUUUCUGAAAGUGGCAUUCGACGAAGCUCGAAGGUGGAAAUCAUACACACCAGAAUCAGAACUACGGAUUGCCCAGUCAGCACGGGCAGCCAUCAACCUGCUGUAUGAGAGACUGGAGGUUCAACAUGGAACCAUCUUUGUGUCACACACGAUGGGAUACAUUGCAGCUACCAGGAAAGGGAUAUCAGAACACGAGUUAGAGGAUGUCCUCUCCCUGGAUGACGAAGUGUUGGAUGACGUGUACCAGUACUGGUCUCCUCCCAACAAGGACCUGGUGCGCAUCCCUCCUCUCAUCGUCACCCGCCUCAAGUACGACAUCAUGGAGUACCUCGCAGAGAGGCAGGCAGACGGGAAGAGGGUCCUGCAGCUGUUUCACAGACAGUUCAUAGAGUGUGCACAGGAGCGCUACCUGGCGGGAGACAACAACAGAGCACGUCACCACAUCCUGGCUGACUUCUUCCUCGGCACGUGGAGCUACGGUCGCAGGAAGGAGAUCACCAUGGACGUCAACGGGAAGCAGGAGUAUUACAACGCCGACCGUAACGUCGUUCCCCAGCCCAUGAAGUAUGACGACAACGUCUUCAACCGGCGCAAACUGAACGAGGUGACCUUUCACCUUCUCCAUGCAGGCAGGAUGGACGACAUCUUUGAACACACUCUGGGUAACCUGGAUUUCAUGAACACCAAGAUCGACGCCUUCAGUGUGAAGGACCUGAUAGAAGAUUACAACAUGGUGCUUCAGGUUCAGGAUAACCUGGAAAUCAGGCUUCUCAGGGACGCACUGAGGCUCAUCAAACCUACAUUGGAGUUUAAAGGUGGCGUACCAAGCUAUCUGGCAUUAGAGCUGAUUGGACGGCUGGUACCGUUUGAACGUCAAUCUCGACCAAUCAUAGACAGCCUUCUGGAGCAGUCGCGGGCCUGGUGUAAAACAUUUUGCGAUCACGUGACGCGACGUCCAUUUUUGUUGCCCCGCAGCACGUGCAUCUAUCCGCCAGGCGGUCCCCUGCGGACGACCCUGGCCCAUCACAGAGCCGGCAUCACGUCCAUCGCCAUGACCCCAGACGGAGGCUACAUGGUGACCGCUGCACGGGACUGCACCAUCCGCAUCUACGAGAACGAGUCGGACGUCAUGGAACUGGAGAGGACACUGACGGGACAUACAGCUGCUAUUGAGGUCCUGUCUGCAGCCCCCAACAAUGAGCUGCUGGUGUCCGGCUCGCUGGACAACACCCUAAAGGUGUGGAACCUGGAGACGGGGCGGCUGGUCAUCACCAUGGAGGAGGACCACGCCCACUACCAGCACCACGCCCUGCUGACCACCACCAUGGACUCCCGCAAGGUGGUCUCACCUGCUGGGAAAGUGGUCAAUGUCUGGGACAUAGAGUCUGGCCAGCUGCAGUUCACCUUGAAGGGGCACGAGGGAGCUGUUUCCUGUCUGGCAGUUUCCCAUGACAACCAGUACAUCAUCACAGGAGCAGCGAGAACAGGAGAAGACAACACCAUCAAGAUGUGGAGCACAGAGACAGGGGAGCUGAAAAACAACUUCUCCCACCACACAGAUCACCUGACCUGUCUCAGGGUCACCCAGGAUGGAAGGAUUGUUUCCGGGUCAAAGGACACGACACUUUCAGUCAUAGACAUGGAGAACGGGGAGGUAGUUCACAGGCUAGAAGGGCACUCCCAUCCCGUGUACUCUCUAACCAUCACAUCAGAUGGUAGAUAUGCAGUAUCCGGGUCAGACAAGGUGGUAAAACUGUGGGACUUGUCUGAGGGGAAAGAAGUUCACCAUUUGCAGGGGCACUACGGCAUUGUGGACUGUGUCGGAGUCACCAGCGACAACAAGGUCAUCGUGUCCGGAGCUCGGGACGAACACCUGAAUGUCUGGGACUUCCAGAGUGGUCAGCUCAUCCAGACACUGGACGGACAAGCAGCAAAGAUCACCGCGAUGGAGGUGACCGGUUACAUCGUGGUGACGGCGUCCACAGACUCCUACUACACCAAGGUUUGGGACGUCAAACAGAGCAAGAUGAAGAUGUCCACUCCCAGGUUCAUCGACAAGUACGGCAUUGUGACGGUGACGAGUGAUGCAGGGUACGUGGUGUACAAACGUGAGGGCAGCGAGAAUGAGGUGAACUUGUGGAACUCAAAAGACGGCAAAGACAUCCGAACUAUCACUGACAAGGAUGGCUCCAUAACAUGCUUGAUGAUCACUCACGACAACAACUGUGUGGUGACUGGAGACGAGGCAGGUUUUAUCAAGCUGUGGAACCUGACCACAGGCCAGUUUAUUCGGCAGCUGGACCAGGCCUUAGGUGGCAUCAGGUGCUUCUGGAUCACACGUAUGGACAGGUACCUGGUUGCAGUCACCGACAACAACGCCUUGUCAGCCUGGGAUAUGGACCCCAUGACUCUUCUAUGGACCCGCAAGCCAAACUGUGAGGGGAAAAUCACCUGCGUUACCAUGACAGACGAUAGAAAAUACACCGCCAUCGGCACAGACAGGAAAGAAAUCGUUGUCCUCAACAGUGAGCUAGACAAGAUCGAAUACCUUCUGGUGGGGCAUCAGAGUCCACUGACAUGUUUGAGUGUCAGCCAUAACCAGAAGCUGUUGGCGUCAGGGUCGUCAGGUGAAACCAUGAGGGUGUGGGACCUGGGCACGGGGAGACUGGUACACGAGCUGUACGCAAAGUCACCCGUGUUUAAAGGGAUCGUGUGUUUGUCGUUUAGUCACGACGACAAAUACCUGCUGACCGGGGGUCACGACAGGUCACUCAAGAUGUGGGACCUCGAAACAGGAAAGCUGCUGACUGCCCAGUACGUGUACGCAACAAUUACCAACAUUGUGGCCUGUCGCAACAAUAUCGUCCUGAUCACGAAACUUGGGUAUGUGAUUGUGGAGGACAUCCUGCUUCCGGCGACUCGUCCACUUCAAGAGGAGGGGGGUGUAGGGCCUCCUGGAAAACAUCGCAGUGUGGAUACAAGUAGAAAGCAGAAGAAGAUGAAGAAAAGCUGUUUUCGUUGUCGCAUUCUGUAGAAUAAUGAUGAAAAGAUAUAGAUGGAAAAAAAACUAAAAUGCCUCCGCCCCUGAGGCGUAGCCAAAAAAAUCCCCGGAAAUCAUUAGAGAGAUAUACUUGAUGUGACAGAAAGGUCAUGAGUGAGAUUAGGGUCCAGCUACUUCUCAAACUUGUGAUUAAGUUUGUCCACUUUUCCCAUGUUUUCCUACCUUCCACAGAACUGUAUUAAUGUGGUACAUGGUGUAUGUCGUUGCGCUUUUAGAAAACAGAAAGAAUGGAAGAUAUUUACGAAAAAGGCAUAU